AUAAAAUAAGUUGGUGGGAAUUAUAAGCGCUAAUAAUUGAAAUGAAACAACCAGUAGGAAGAAGGCGCAGCCAUGGAACCCCUCUCUUUAGAUUUUCUUCCUUCUAUACAAGACUUCGUUUCAUCCUUAUUCUUCUUGCUUUCGUCGCUCUUUUGCCUCCCGUUUUUUUCCACUUCAAGCUCCGCCGUUUGCAUCAGACGAAAUUAAGGAAGUGUGGUUGGCUGAACAAUCCUCCCCUUGUGUGUGCUCAUGGUGGUGACUCAACCAAUGCUUUCCCAAACACUAUGUCUGCAUAUAGUAUUGCUCUUCAUUCUCAAGUAGACUGCAUUGAGAUUGAUGUCUCUCGCUCAUCAGAUGGAGUUUUGUUUGCACUUCAUGACAGGGAUUUGCAGCGGAUAUCUGGUAACAGCACUUCUAAAGUUGGGCACUUUAGAUCAAACGAGCUCAAAGAACUAGAUGUCUAUCAUCAGUCGGGUAAUUCAAAGAUUCCUACAAUUGAAGAUGCUUUGAAGUUGAUAUCAGCAUCAGUUCGGCAGGUGAUUCUAGAUGCCAAGGUGGCCCCAUCAUAUGAAAAGGGGCUUGCAAAUGAUAUUCUUUCCACUGUUGAGAAGAUGCAAUGUAAGAAUUGCCUCAUUUGGGCUAAAAGUGAUAGUUUAGUAAGGGACAUAAUCAAGCUCUCAUCAGAUGUUGCGGUAGGCUAUGUUGUUAUGGUGGAUCCCCAUACUGGUGCUCGAACUAACUUGUUGAGAAUGAAAGGGUCCAAGGUGGCUGGCGUAUAUCAUCAAUUGAUUGAUGAAAGAAUGGUUAAGAUUCUGCAUGGGAGAGAGAAGAAGGUAUAUGCCUGGACGGUCGAUGAUGUCGAUUCCAUGAUGAGGAUGCUGCAUAUGCAUGCAGAUGCCAUUGUUACUAGCAACCCCACUUUACUCCAACGCACUAUGCAAGACAAAAGAACACAAUGCCUUGAAGAAGGUUUUUCUUUAACACGAUGACCAUGCUUGAUUUUUAUCGAUUUCACGACAUUAAUAGUGAUAUGAUAUUGUUGAACAGUUGCAUGUUUUCAGUGCACCUGUCUUUAUUUGUUGAUUUGCGUUUUUUAUCUUUUGAAAUUUGGAUCUUAUAAUUUAUCUAUUCAAGAAGAUACUUAACCUCGAAAGAAAUAGGGAGCAUGUAGUUGGGAGGAUUACCUCCAUUUAGAUUACUUAGAAUAUUAGUGAUAAUGUCAAAUUCUCUUGGUUCA